AUGAGGGUGUUCAGAGCCCAGUUCAAAACCGAGUUCCAUCCCCAUUCUGGCCGCGAGACUCUACUCCAAACAUUCGAAGAGUUUGGUGUUGCUUCAGAGGCGCUUAAAGCACCUCCUGCAGAUGAAAAGCCUUGGCAUCCAUUCCGUUCACGGGGAGACUUUGAGUUCUCUGAAAUCGCACUUGAAGCUGCCCUUAAUAAGGGCCAGGUCGACAAGCUCCUCAGCCUUAUUGCGCGCUUUACCAAACAUGACAUCACGGUGCCCUACAAGAAGGAGCAGCGAGUAUUUGAGGUAUAUGCGAGACCGAUAUGGGACUGGGCCCUUGAUCUCUUGGAUAACCUGCUCCUUGCACCACAUUUCGUAUGGGACGCGCAACGUGUCUAUAAGCACAACGGUACCAAUUUCGAGCGGUUCUUUAGUGAACCAUGGACAGCUGAUCGUUGGUGGGAUAUCCAAUCUCGUCUCCCGGCCGAUCUCAAUGCUGCCCCGCUUUGUUUUAUAUUGUAUGCAGAUAAGACCAAGCUGUCCACACAUGGCACUGUUAAAGGAUAUCCCGUCAUGGUUCGUUGUGCGAAUUUACCUGUUGAUAUUCGAAAUGGCGAGGGCAUUGGCGGUGGUCGAGUAGUUGGUUGGCUUCCGAUUAUUGAAGAAGAAGCGUCCGAACAUGGAAAACCAGGAUUCAUCAACUUUAAGCGUGUCGUAUGGCACGAAUCCUUUGUCAAAAUUCUCCUCAACCUCGAGCAAUAUUCGAAGACCGGUUAUUUGUAUAUGUGUUACGACAAAAUCAUGCGCUGGCUAUUCCCAGUAAUACUAAUACUUUCAGCAGAUUAUGAAGAACAAUGCAUGAUGUCUCUUAUUCGUGGUGUGCAAUGCAAGUGCCCGUGCCCCGUGUGCCUCGUACCACUCAACGAGCUUUCUGAUCUGUCCAAAACAUUUGCAAUCAGGACUGCGAAAGAUGCGCAGGAUGCGCUCGCUGUAUAUAAACGCAGCAAAACUCAAGGCGAGGAACUUUUGAAAUCACUAGGAUUACGCGCAGUUGAGCGCGAUCUCAACCAUUUUUCCACCGUCAUUCACAUCACUUUCACUGACGGCAACAAGAAGCGUGAUUUAGUCUUGCAAUCGUUCUAUGCAGCACUCAAUGCUUUGGACCGCAGAAGUUGUCUGGAAGGCUAUCGCCUUCUACAUGUUAUUUGCAGCUAUCUUGAGUUGGACAGCCUGAUUGGGCUUGAUGUCCAUAUGGAGCGGACAAUUGCAAUGAUUGAGGACGAGCUCCUUGUAUUUGGUGCCGCACUGAAGGACUAUGUUGAUUAUGUUACCGAUAUGUCCUCCAUGGAAGGCCUCAAAAAAGAUUGGAACUUUCCAAAGGCGCACCUUUGGAAACACGCGCCACGGGACAUUCAAAUGAAAGGUGUUGCACGCAACUACAGCACGCGCACUAAUGAAAAACUCCAUGGCCCUCUGAAAUCCGCCUAUCUCCUUCGAUCAAAUGGAAAGGAUGUCGCUGAGCAGGUACUUCGUGUUGAUCAUCACAAGUUCGCAACGUUACUCUUGCGAGGACGUUUGGACACACUUGACGAACAGUGCCGCCUCGAGGUGUUAGGUGACUCUGCACUUGAUGAGGAGGACAACAACCAUAACAUCACCUUUGAUGGGCAUGUGAAGCUUGGAUCCCCUCAACGUCAUGUCAGUUUCCGCAAAAAAUUUUGCGACUUCAUCAACACGUCACUGCCAACUUAUGGAUACGAGCUAAUGAGAUGGAUUGUUAUCCCAGUUGAUUUCCAGAUACAUGAACAUCGUUAUCUCAGGGUCAAUUAUGAGAACUCUGUCGACUGGAAGCAGUCGACCGACCAUCUCCGAUCCAAUCCCUCAUUUCAUGGGCACCCACGCUUCGACUGCGCACUUAUACAACUUACUGCAGAAAGGGCGGUCUUCGUUCGGCUUAUACUGAUGUUCAAAUGUGAACUUCCGGAUAUUGGGGCCUUCCAGUUUGCCCUUGUUCAACCAUAUACCGCUGGUGUCGUUGGUGGUUCUCGCAGGAUUGACCGAGACCUGAGACUUACUUGUGUCAAAGCCGUUCCCAGGGCAGAUUCAAUUAUCAUCCCGCUCAAGUCCUUCAUUCGAGGCACUUUGUUGUUUCCCGAUCCUGCACACCAAGGCGAGUUUCUUGUUAUCAACCAUGUUGAUAGCGACAUGUUCCUCUGUAUGAAGUCAUGGGCGCAUUGA